AAACGGCAUAGACCGCGGCGUAUCAAUUCAAGAAUCUCAUCUCAUCCCGCAGUCGGUUACGAUCAGUCAUCAGUGCGUGCGAACAGUUCCCUAUACCAGCGUCGUCGGCAGCGCGCAGUGUAUGUUACACAGCACAAAAAAGCCAGCUAUAGCUGUUGGUCGGAUCGGACUAUCGGAAAGUGCGUCAUUUGCCCGUACACACCGUAAUACACUAGUGUCCAUAGUCUUGCGACUGAAACAUCAUAAGUGUAGUCUGUCUCUCUCACUCUCGAGGCGAGGAGAGAGUCUCGGGGGCGCCUUCAGUCAUCCCCUCCGCGCAUUGAGGUUACAGCUAUAUAUGCCUACGACGUCCUACACAAGCAAUAAAGUGAGUAACGUGACAAGCCGUCGUCCCCCGAGGCGAAGCUCCUUCGCACUUAUCUAAUAAGUCAGAGAGCAAGCGAAGGAUCAACUAUCGGCGCAGCAGUGUACGCAGUGUGUUGCAGUGGAGGAUGUGAAUGCGGACAGAAGCAUUGGAAGAGAGAGAAAGAGAGAGAAGCCAAGUGUCUUUCGCAAUAUGGGAGCCGUCGUCGUCUGAGCGUGCUUAUAGGUAUAGCAUAGGGCUGCAGGCAUCGCUUCAGGCGUCAAUGAACUCCCAACUUUUCGGUCGAGGCUGGCUAUGUCUACUUACUAGCUAGAUGGCUGUUGAGGCUUUAACGCACAAUAUACUCAGUGCGUCGCUGACCUGACAGUCGUCUUGGGAUUGUCUUGAGAAGGAAACAGCGCGUACCUACACUUAUACAGACGCGAAUGUGAAUGUUGUGAUCUUCAUUGUUCGGGAGAAAAACAGAGAAUAGUCAAGAUGUUGGACAAAGAGGAAGUUGAGCCUGAGUAUGUCAAGUGCCUGAGGACAAUUGUCCAAACGCAGGAUGAUCGGGAGGCCAAAUAUAUGCAGGAGAGGUUGGAUGAGAUGGAGAACUGCGAGUCGGGGAGCAAGAGUUCCAUGUACGACUUCACUAGAAACUACGACAAAAACCUCAGGUCCAUAUUGACCAUGACUCCGAUCAGGAACGUCCAAUACAUGCCCUAUGUGUUUGAGUGGUUCUCCAAGUUUCCAUUUCCCAGCAAUUCGCGGAAUCCUAUUUCCGAUGACAUUGCACAUUUCUUGACAAACUCUGCUCAAGACUUUCAGCAUGAAUCAGCAUUGGUAGAAAUCAUACAAGUAUUGAGGGACAAUCAGAAAAAAUUUCUACCAACACACAACAAUCAUGCAAAUUUGUGCAAAUCAAUUGUUGAAGUUCUGUCAUGGAUGGAUGUGCAUAAAAAUGUAGAAAACAAAACCAUCGAUAAGAUAUUCGACUUCCUAAAGAUGCUUUGCACAAGCAAAUCCAGCAGUCAGGAAAAUAUUUCACUUGCUUGUUUUAUUAAAUUUUGUGAAAUUUUUUUGAAAGAUGACAGACCGGAGCCACCAAGUUUCUAUUUAAUUAUUGUACUCCAGAUAGUUCCAGAACAGUUGUGGAAACAGCACAUGGAUGUGGCUGUUAAAAAAAUAAUCAAUGAAUUCACAAAUGAACGUAAAAUUAUCCACAUGUUGAAUAUUAUGUGUCAAUGGACUGUUGAACAUCCUAAUUACAUGGACUACUUGAGUAUGUGGUUGUGUUUAUUCGUCGGAGGUUUGGAUAAUAAUAAUAGAUGUCGGAUCCUUGCAGAAUUGGCAGAAGACUCCCUACCAGUAAUAUUUCCAAAAUUUUUGAGACUGGAGCAAUUUUAUAAUAUUAAUAAUCAUGAGAAUAUUAUUUUCCAAUUGUUGAUAAUAAUAAGGUCACAACAAUUAUAUCAUAUGAUGAUCACCUAUUUCCAGUCUUUUGUGGACAAGUUUCUAGGAUCUUAUAAUACAUCUAACAGUUUCCCUGAGGACAAAAUUGUGGAAAAAUGUUCUGUAAUUGUCAAGAUUUUAAAUGUAGUUUCAAAACGCUUUAAAGUACAUCUUGGAACAUCUUGUCCCAAGUGUGAGUCAUUGGAAAAAAUAUAUAUGAUGAUUCAAAAAGAAACUAAUCCAAGUGUCACCUCCCACAUUCCUGAAGAAAGUGAAGAAAUGGAAGUUUCUUAUCCCAGUACAAGCAGUGGUGUUGGUCUAAUAGACACUGGCAAGGUUGGUCUAGUGAAUCUUGGCAACACUUGCUAUAUGAACAGUGUUUUACAAGCCCUUGCAAUGACUAGGCAAUUCUGUCGCGAAGUAUUGCUUUACAAAACUACCAAUGAUUUGGCCGAACAAGCAGUUUUAAAAAAUUUGCAGAAUCUAUUUGCACUACUGAAGUAUUCUACAAGAACCUCGUUAGCUCCUACAGAAAUAUUACAUGUAUCUAGACCAUCUUACUUUAUGCCAGGACAGCAGCAAGAUAGUUCAGAGUUUCUCUGUCAUUUGUUGGAUGUCAUGUACGAGCAGGAAAAGUCUGCACUCACGCAAAUCAGUAACAAUGACCAAACUAUUAUCAAAACAAAGGUUGAGGACAAGGAAAUGGUUGUAGUGGAAGAAGAUUCUCCAUCCUUAAAUUCACCAUUGAACGAGGAUGGCAAGUCGGGUAAUAUGACACGAUGGACAACAGAAGAGAAUUUAAGUGAAGGUGCUUCUUUGCAAAGGAAAACACAAUCCUUAGCUGAUUUCACUCAAGGUGAGGAGUUGGCACAGACACAGAAUGGCUUGUCGGAUUCACACUCCGACUCGACGGACAGCGGCAUUCAGUCAGUUGGUGGUGAGGAUUCAAGUUCCUCUUCAUCAGCCUCGUCACCGGCUGGUACUGGUAGCCCGGCGUUGUCUUCUCUUGUGCACCGGGUCUUUGGCGGUGAGCUUAAAGUCAGCUACCAGUGUUUGCAGUGUGACACCGAGAGCCACAACACGGAUCGCUUCAGAGACCUACAGUUGUGCUUCUUCGAAAAUCUCGAGCCAUCUGAGACUGUGACGGUGCAGGAUCUUAUAAAGCUCAAUUAUUUCAUGCCCGAGACGCUCACGGGUGAUAAUAAAUACAGAUGCGACAAAUGUGCAGGCCUCUGCGAUGCACAGAGGAGCAUUAAGAUCGUUCAGGCGCCAUCGCAUCUCAUUCUUACGUUGAAACACUUUAGGUAUGACUCCGAAAGUAGAUUGAGAACAAAAUUGAGUCGCAAAGUUAUCUACAACGAGACGAUCCAGUUGCCAGUCCUUGAUCAGAACAACGAGACGUACCAGCUGUACGCGGCUGUGGUGCAUUCAGGAUACAGUUUGGACUAUGGUCACUAUAUAACUUACGCCUGCGAUGCCAAGAACAACUGGUACUUGUUCAACGACAGUUACGUUGCCCAAACGACGAUUGAAGACUUCAAACGUCUUGAACCACCUGAUACGCCCUACAUUCUCUUCUACAAAAAAUGUACCGGUGAAGAAGAUGAAGAGGACGCUCCCGAUUUCUCUAUGAUUAGCCAGAAUCUGCAAGAAUUUAUCGAGCAGGACAGGAGAAAGUUUGCAGAUGAGCGCAGAAAUCGUCAAAUAUUAAAGAGCUCUCAGCGGAGAAGAUCCUCAAAGUCUUAUCAUCAUAACUCUUGGGACAGAGAUAGGAACGACGAUGACGAUGCUGCUGGUGGUGGCGGUGGUAGAAAUCCGCCAACGAGUGGAUGCAGAGACGCUAUAAAUAUUCCUAAUACGACCUGUCUGUGUUGAAGUCGGAUCUAGAAAUAAGAGCAAAGAAGAUUGUUGUUGAGAUGUGGUUUCGGUGAAAAGACGUGAGAUCGGAAUCGUGGUCGUGGAUUGACGAGGCUUCGUGAGGACGAGAAAAGAGAUGGCUUUUAGUUGUAAAAAAUUUAUGGGUGGCAGUUCAUAUACUAUUUGUUUAGUAAUCAUUUUACGCUUGGUCUAAAUAGAUUACGUUUAAGAUGACGAAUUUUUAUUCGUUUCAUAUCAAAUUUAGAUAAAUACGGGAAAAAAUAUUUAAUGGAAUAAUAAAGAUUAUGAAAACUUAAUAUACAUACUCAGGUAUAAAAUAAUAAAAUAAUCAAAUUAUUGUAUCGAAAAUGUCUUUUGUAUUUAGAUACAUAAUUAUGCACUGCCAAUAUUUGACCAUAGCAAGAAAAUAGAUUUGGUACUAUUUUCAGUCACGAAAAUUUUGUUUCAGUCGAUGUUCCAUGUUGCAAACUUUCUAUGUUUCUAUACUUGGAGCCUCGUUAAUUUGUAACCACAAUAUUGUCCCGCUCGUUCAGUGCGAAAUACGUUAAAUAAUGGUCCGCUAAAAGCAUUUCUAAUUAACUAAAUAACUUGUUAUUUGUUUAAAAGCAUAUAGCGGUCUUUACAAGCGUUUGUAGUAGUCGAUCUUUUUUACACAAAUAAAAGUUAGCGAUUCGAUUUAUCGUCAUCAUAUAGGCAUGCAAUUAUAGAUGCUUAUACUAGUUUUGAUUUUAGACUUUAACGAUGUGAAAAGAAAAAUAAAGAAGAUUGUCAAAGGACUUGAUUGUGAAAAAAAGAUUUUUUCGCAGUCGUGUUCUACGCUGUCGAUGGCAAGGAAUCGAAAAAUAUUUUUGCGAUUUUAUACGUUAUUCUAACUAAAACUGCUUUAGUAAAUAGUGGCAAAAAUUGAAAAUCAUUUUAUUUUUUACACUAUAAUGUGCAAAAAAUAACCAAAUUUGAUCUAUCUUUCAACUUAUUGAAAAGGAAAAAAUUCGUCUGAAAAUCGUUUUAACAUAUAUUAUAGUAGAGUUUGUAUUAUUUUUAACAAACAAAAAAUCAUUUGAGCUAUGUCUUUAAUUGCUUUUAAAUCGGUCACAUAUUACAUCAGUUGCAUUAUCAAAUGACAUUACAGAGAAAGACGUUUCUUAUCGGUUUUUUGUUAAACUAAGCAUUAGAAUACAUCGCAGAAUGUACAUUUCUUAGUCAUAAUAUUUGCGUGGAAUUGAUAACUAUUUACAAUCAUAGAAAAAAUAAUACUUUUGAAAUUAAUGCUUCAUUGUUGCAUAGAUUUGUUAAACCUAAAUGUAGAAAAGUUAUUUAUAAACGAAUUAAAUGCGUUAUAAUUUUUUUCCGGUACUUAAAAACUAAUUAUUUAUUAUGAUACUCUUAUAGGACAAAAUUAAAUUAGUUAGCUCAAAUUGUAUUAAAUAAAUAAUAAAGCUUUUUUAAAACAAAUAUUUUUGUUUCUAUAAUAGAUUACAAUAAAUCAAAUACGCAACAACAGAUUAAAAAAUGUACAAUUUACAAAAUCAUUUUUCUUAGUUUAAAUAUUGUGAAAUCUUACUUAAAUAUGGUUUAUAUGCAUAUGAAUAAUGACCCAGAAAAAUAAAGAAGAUUAUCGCUGCAGUCACCAACAGUACAUAUAUUUGUAAAGUAUUCAAGUGUCUUCUUUGUUUCUCGCCGACAAAAAAAAGGAACUUUGAAACCUAUCAUUCAAAACGUCCUAGCGAGAGGCUUUCUCUUAUACUCUUCCGCCGAGUUUUACUCUAUACUCAGUAUGUAAAUAGUUGUAUUAAAAAACAAAUUGAAAGACAUAAAUUAAAGAAUAAAAAAUUUUAAACACGUUGGAGAUCUGUGAUAAAUUUAUAUAAAAAACGUCGAUGACGUUAUUUUUUCUCAUUGCAGGUUUUUUAAUAACGCUUUCAUUUAUAUGUAACAUCUGUAUAUCGAAUUAUUAAUUUUUUUUUAAAGAUUUUGUACACUUUAAAGAUAGUCUUAAAAAUGAUAACAAAAAAAUAUAAACAGAAAUGAUCGUUUAUUGUUAAUGAAGAAAGCAAAAUAAAUUCUCAAUGUUUUGGUGUGAUUUUAUUCCUUGAGAUAAACUAAUCGAAAAAAAAAUAUGGGUGCAAAAUAACAGUAUUAAUACUACAAGUAGCGGCCAGUAUUUAAGUUUUGACUAAACCGAUUUUUUGUGUUAUGUUUGUUAGUAAUAAUAAUUCUUCCUAAUCUACUGCGUAUAUGUGUUAGAUAAUUAAUGAUAAUGUCAAUAUCAUAUCCAUAAUAGCUUUUGUUAUGGCUUGUUUGAGCGAAGGCUUUCAAGAUACUGAUCAAAUAAUUUUUUAAUAAAAAUCUUUUUUUAACACA